AAACACAGAUACGAUAGAGCAACGAGUUGGGAGAAGCAUAGAAUAUAGACGACACAAGCAGCCAUAUAUGAGUGCGAGAGACUAUAUAGCAGUUCUCACAUCUGUAAUACUGGUACGAAGUCUCGCAUACAUUUGUUUUAUCACCAUCAUUCACGUGUAGUCUUCGUACAACGCACAAGAGAGUGUGUCUCAAACAAUCACAAACAUAAUGCGAAACUCGAUUACUUCGGACAAAUUUAAAUGUGACAAAAUUCAAAUCGGAAAAAUUUCCUAAGCACAGUUUUUUGUUUCCAAAUUCACAGAGAAAAGUAUAUCCAUUGAAAUAUUUGUUACAUCGAAUAACGUAAUUCAUAUUAUUCGUUGCGCAAUUCGAUAUUAAUUCGAUUGUUGUUAACGUUUCGAAAUCGUGUUUUGAUGGAUUCAAAAACAAUUUUUGUUCAUGAUGAACAAGAUGAACAGUGAAAUGUUUUAAUAAAUAUAUUAAUUGAGAAUGUGAUUGUGAAAGUGCAACAUUGACCAUAAACGAACGACAAAAAAAAACAGAUAUUCAAAGGACUAUUUGAGUCUGACUUUUUGGUCGUUGAACAUUGUUUGUAUUUGAUUAAAACGCGGAGUUUGUUUUUAUUAUUUAAAAUCCAAGUUUGUGACGAAAAAUAGACGAAAAUGGUGAAUAUGCCAAUGAAUUUGACUGUAUAUCCAACGGAUGAUAUUAAAUCUGACACGAUUAACAUGAAAAUGGAUAUCAAUCAAAAUAAUAUAAACCGAAACAUCAACCAUGAAUAUUAUAAAUGGUUGCUAAAGCAGCAUAAUUAUUUUCCCGAUUGUUCAUUUUACAAGGAGAAAUUGGAAGACACAAUCAAAAUGGAGCACAGUUAUACGAGAGAUUAUAAGCCAAGCACCAAUGACGAUGACAAUGAGCGAUAUGCAAUUACGGCACCUCGUACAAUUUUGGUGGAACGUCCACCACUUUGUCCAUCUUGUCAUCAGUUGCCUCCGAAUCAUGAUGAAAAAGUCGAUACACCCGAAACAUUCAAUAUACCAAUCCCACCAUACAACGAAGAGGCUGGACGUAAAACACUCAAUGCAACCGAGGAAAUGAUCAAAAAUUGUCAUAAUCGUAAUUCAGAUACCGACGACUGGAGCGAAAACAUUCAAAAGUACAAUUGGACAGAACAACAAAUAAAUCUAUUUGAACGUGUUGAACGCAUAUUGGAUAUGGACCAAUUGGGAAGAUUGGCGGUAUCUGGUUUGCCAAAUGAGUGUCUUCGUCGAAAUGCAAUUAUUGAAAAAUCCGUAUCACGAAUGCGAAGCGCAUUGGCAUCCGUACACUGGGAUACACAGUUAACAUCAUGGAUUCAUGGUUUACUUAUGUCAUCAUUACCACCAAAAUAUAUGGUGUCUUAUAUCGAUAUAAUACAAACAUUGAAUCGUAAAAUACCGACAUUGGUCGAUAAAAUGCUUUUUCAUAAACCAAUCGAAAUGCAUAAAGAAUAUAUGAAUGCAAUUAUGAAAACACCAUGGGAACCAACGAACGUUAUCAAGAAACGAACGUUACCAAAUAAUCCAGUUAUUAUUAUUUUAUCGACUGUUUGCUCAACAAACACAUCAUCCCGUGAUCGACGUUGGGCUGAACUGUUGAACAGUUUUGCCGAUGUUGAAACAGUUACCGUUAAUUUGAAGGGCAGCGAUUUAGAAAAACCCAUCAAACAAAUAACAGAAACUUUAGUUGCAAUGACACGCGCCAAAAUCCAAAUGGUUCGUAAUCAACGACCGAAUCGGCAUAUUAUUUUGGCUGGAUUUGCAGCCGGCGCUGCUAUUGCAGUGCAAGUUGCUAUUGUUGAACCGGUUAAUUCAAUUGUUUGUUUGGGUUUCGCGUAUAAUACAUUGCAUGGACAACGAGGAAAAUCAGAUGAUCGAAUUCUCGAACUAACCACACCAAUUCUGUUUGUGAUCGGAGAAAAUGCACAAAAAUCUAGUCAAGAGGAAAUCGAAGCAAUUCGUGUGAGAAUAACGGCUCACACAUUGCUUGUGAUCGUUGGUUCAUCGGAUGAUUCGUUGCGCGUUAAGCGUUUAAAUCGCUCAUUUUCUGGAGUUUCACAAUCGAUGAUCGACAGUAUGAUUAUGGAAGAAAUUCAAGAAUUUGCAACAAAUUGCAUACUAAAUCCACCCGGACCACGAAAACCGAGACCGUUGUACGGAUUGCAAGAAAUGAAAAACCAUCGUGCCGAAAUGAGAGAAACUUCACGUCGGGAACGAUUUAAUGGAAAGCAAAAGUUCAAAGACUAUCGACCAUUAAAGUCGAAAAAGAAGCGUCCACACAUUUUAAAUGGAAUUCAAUCGAAAAACAAAGAUCCAUUACUGCAAAUGGCCGUUAAAAGUAUGUUACCUCAUCAGAAUGUACAACAUUGUGAAGAUGACAACGUAAAGUCAAACGGCACGAUAUCAGGAUUGGGCACACCAAAUGUGUCACCAAUAAAACAAAAAGUAAAAUAUAUACCACCGAAUCAAUUUUUGCAUAUUAAACCACCGCCCAUCAAUACACAAAAGAUUUAUGUUAAACAACAGAGUGGCCAUCAAUCGUAUACGCUUGGUGUGAAAAAUAUUGGAACAUCAGAUGGUAUAAUUGCAUCAGAUGGUGGUACAGUGAUGGUGCACAACAAUUCAAAUGGUUUGAAUAGUCCAAAUCACAAUAAUCACAUUGUGGCGAACAGCAAAGCCAGCGAACAAAAUCCAAUGACAAAUGAGGCUGAAGAGGAAACAAUCAACUUUUUUGAUAUUCCCAUUUUAUUCGCCGACAAUCAUGGAAAUUUUAUUGAUACAAAUCCGAUAGAUAAUGAAAUGCCAGAAGAAGAAGUGCCGAAAGCAGCAAAAUCCAUUGAAAUCAUUUCGGAUAAAAUUAUAAAACGAGCGAUUGUUGAUGACCUACCGACGGCAGAAGAACAAUAUACCAACGAACAAAAUGUAAAUGUUGAGAUUAUCGAUAAAUCAGCGGAGUCACCAUCAAAAUCACCAACGAUGCAUUCAAAUGGCAAAUUCAUAAUACUUAACAAACAUACAUUGAAUCAAUUUAAAACAUUAAAACGUUUGCCGUCCAGCAAAUUCAAAAAAGUGGGCUACAAAAGUCCGAAUAUUCGAUGCUUUAAUUCAUCGGGACGAUUGUCUUCGAUUGAUUCGAAACCACGUUUGAUGACCGGUCCAAAAGCAAAUAUUUCAAAAUUCCAGAAUGGUAACUGUCAUAAUCCAUCACAUACAAAUGGCAUAUCGACAGCGGCAAAAGAAAUUAAAAUCCUAAAUGGCACAUCGAAAAUGACAACAAAUGGUCAAAUAACGUCACAGAAGAGUGGCAUUCUCAUCAAGCGAAAAUAUAUGAAAAAUAUCACCAUAAGAAAAAUGAAUAUUGUGCAAUCAGAUAAUGGCGAUGAAAAUUAUGAAAAGGUUUCAACCAAAUAUGAUUCCAAAGUUAAUUCAAUUGAUAGCCUGAUCGCUGAUCUUGAAAAUUAAAACAUGCGUGAUGCAUGAAGCAAGUUAAUUAGUUUUAGUUGAGGUAGUAUUUCACGCGAGCAAUCACUUUUAUUUCUUUGUCGAAAAAGAAAUUUAAAUUAAGGAUUUAAAUUAACCAUUGUUAUCUUGAGACAUAAGGCAUUCAAAAUAAAGAAAAUCAAUUUCUUUUUCAGAAUAAACUUUUUUUUUAUCUGAAA